ACAAUGCAAAUGAGGCGAGUCCUUAGGGCGCAGUUUUUGUGUGUGCAUGAGCGAUGCCUGUUGACCUCAGAAAGGUAAGGAGGAGGGGAGGAAUCAAGUCAAUUGCUACUAAAGCAGGGUGUGACCGCAAAGUAUUUCAAACAAAGAGCGUCCCCGUGGGCCUCCAGUGCAGCCGUGCUGUCAUGCUAUGCACUUUCCCACCAUCAGCAGCGAGCGGUCUGAGAUUAGACAUUUACCUGAGCGCUGCGCUGAGCCGCUGACAGGAAAGCAGAGAUCACGUCAUGAUUGGGACGAUUAGUGAGUGGCUGUGGUGGGACCGGCUGUGGCUGCCGGGGAACCUCACGUGGGCCGAUCUCAAAGACGAGGAAGGGCUCGUCUACGCCAGAGCAUCCCACCUCUACGUCACUGUGCCAUAUGCUUUAGUCUUCCUUGUAGUCAGAUACGUGUUUGAAAGGUUGAUAGCGAUACCGCUCGCAGCUUCGCUUGGCGUUACAGAGAAAACCGGAUACAAAGUGGAGCACAAUGCUGUUCUUGAACAUUAUUUCAUUACAAAAUCAAAACAUCCAGGACAGGUAAAAUCUACUCUCACUCAACGAUAUCACAGAUCCACAUCAGAUUCAAAGUCGCCUUUGCAUGAGCUUUCCUCUCUGUUGGAUUGUCUCUGUAGCUGGCGAAUGGUGUUUUAUCUGGCGGCGUUCAUUGGUGGUAUCAUAGCCCUGUAUGAUAAACCCUGGUUUUAUAAUUUGAGGGAGGUGUGGAAUGGCUAUCCCAGACAGUCCGUGCUAGAUUCUCAGUACUGGUAUUAUAUUUUGGAGAUGAGCUUCUAUUUUUCGCUAGUGCUCAGAAUAACCUUCGACGUCAAACGAAAGGACUUUAAAGAGCAGAUCAUCCAUCAUUGGGCCACGCUGACGCUCUUGGCUUUCUCCUGGUGUGGGAACUACAUCCGGGUCGGGACCCUGGUCAUGCUCAUUCACGAUUCCUCUGACAUUCUUUUAGAGUCCGCUAAGAUCUUCAACUACGCCAAAUGGGAAAGCACAUGCAACGGCAUCUUUGUGGUAUUUGCUGCUGUCUUCAUAGUCACGCGACUCAUAAUCUUUCCAUUUUGGAUCAUUCACUGCACGUGGGUUUAUCCUCCCGACUAUUACCCGCCGUUCUUUGGAUAUUACUUUUUUAACUUCAUGCUUGUCAUCCUGUUGAUGCUGCACAUAUUCUGGGCGUAUCUGAUUCUACGCAUGGUGAAGAUGUUCCUUUUUGGAAGUUUAACCAAAGACGAGAGAAGCGACAAUGAAGAAGACGAGGAAGAGGAUGGGGAAACCAGUGUGACCGAGGACAAUGACGGACAUGUGAAAGUGACCAAUGGCUGUGGAGCAGGAGGCGGGGCUAAUCAUCACUGACACCUUUUCUCUCAAACUGUGAAGGACUUUGAAUUGCCCUCAGGGAUGCGAGGAGCCAAAAACAUACAUCUGAUUUAUUGUCACGCAGAGAAUAUGCCAGAAACCUGUCAAAACAAAUUGCAUCUUUUAAUAAUGCUGAAAAAACCCAAUUUUUUUCACUUGGCUUCACUGGAGACGACUUGCUGUGUGUCUUGGCUGCUUCAAAACCUUUCCCCCCCUUUCAACUAAAACUUUUUUUCAUUAUGGCACAAGAUCACAUGGGUAAUUAUGAAAGAACAUGGCGCAAAGAAAAAGAAACUCCUCGUAAGUUUUAAUAGACUCCUCAUUGUUUUUGAAGCUCAAAGAUCACGUCACACUGGCUGCUCUCACCGUCUGGCAUCGCCCAUCGAGGCUUCAUCUGCCAUGCUGUUGAGUUUUAUAUCAACCUCUGCUGUCCAGCUCAGCCUCUUGUGAGAACUAAUAAGAUGAGAUUUCAAGUUUAUGUUUCCUGCAAGUGAUUUUGAAGCAGAACAUCUACUUUUGUAUCACUUUAACCUCUUGCAGGCAUCGUUUUCUUUUAUUUUUACGCCGUCUCUACAAUGAAUACGUCCAACUUUGUUUCUUGAAAGAGUUCACACUGCAAUACAAGUUUUUUGUCAAUGCAGGCCAUUUUCAGAAACUUUUGAUGGCUGGAGGUCACUGAGUCUCUGUACUGCUGGUUUCUAGUAUGCAUUUCUAUGCUCACUUGGCAUCUGCACUCAAAGAAUGUUAUUUCAAAUCACCAGCUGUCAUUGAAAAUGAAGGACUUCCAGUCAGUAGUCAGUGUUAAUCUAUCUAUCUAUCUAUCUAUCUAUCUAUCUUGGCCUCAAUUCAAAUUCAAGAAUUGUUCGUUUUAAAAUGCAUUCUAAAUUCAGCUCUGAAUGGUGCACAAGCCUUUUUCAGCUGUUGCUCCAUUAUGACAGAAGCUGAAAUAGAAUGGUUUUGAUACAUUGCUCGCGUCCAGUGUAGACACGGUUUUAUAGGAUAUUACAGUAUGGAUGUGACUUAAAACUACCUAAGUAUAUCUCAAGAAUGAUGUUAAAUUUGAGAUUUUUUAAUAUGUCUUGUUGACAUUUUAUGAACUUAAAAUAGCUGGUUGAAUAUUCACAUCUGUGAGCGACUGAUUUGGUGAGUGUUUUAGGCUAUUUAAUUAGUAUGAAAUGAAAUGUGUAUGAGAGAAUGAUGAAUGAAUGAAUGAAAGUCAGGCCUUUGCAAAUAAAAUUUUAUGACAAGCCAUUUUUUUGCUUGUCGGGGGUUAUGCACAGACCCAGAGAUCAGCAGAGAUGGUUUUGAGAAUUUGUGCAGUGCAUUUACUGUUUUAUCCACUGAAAGUGUAAAGGAAUUAUUGAAGGAUAUAUUUUUUAAAUGUUUAAUUCUAAUUUUAUUGUAAUAAAGAUUUUGAUCCAAUAUUUCAGUAUGCCAGUUUUAUAAUGCUCUUUAGGGGCCAGUUGCAUAAACUUAGCCACCAUGUUAA